AGAGAGACGAAAGGAAAAAAAAAAGUAAUCGCAGAAAGAAAAAAAAAAAAGUUUCCACUCUCGAUCCAUCCUGAUCAAACGCUAGGAUCUGAGAGAGAGAGAGAGACAAAUGGCGAAUCAUCGUUUAGAUAAUGAGUACGAUUACUUGUUCAAGAUCGUCCUCAUCGGCGACUCCGGCGUCGGCAAAUCCAACAUCCUCUCCAGAUUCACCAGAAACGAGUUCUGCCUCGAAUCCAAAUCCACCAUCGGCGUCGAAUUCGCCACACGCACUCUACAGGUAGAAGGCAAAACAGUGAAGGCUCAGAUUUGGGAUACAGCAGGACAAGAGCGUUACCGAGCCAUCACAAGCGCUUACUACAGAGGAGCCGUCGGGGCUCUCCUCGUCUACGACAUCACCAAGAGACAGACCUUCGAAAAUUCUCUGAGGUGGUUGCGCGAGCUUAGGGACCAUGCUGAUUCCAACAUUGUGAUCAUGAUGGCUGGAAACAAAUCUGAUCUAAACCACCUGAGAUCCGUUGCUGAUGAGGAUGGUAGGUCUCUGGCUGAGAAGGAAGGUUUGUCGUUUCUGGAGACGUCUGCUUUGGAAGCGAGUAAUAUCGAGAAAGCGUUUCAGACGAUCUUGUCUGAGAUUUAUCAUAUUAUAAGCAAGAAAGCUUUGGCGGCGCAGGAAGCUGCAGGUGGGCUUCCUGUUCCGGGGCAAGGUACUGCUAUUAACAUAUCGGAUUCAUCUGUAGCUAACAGGAAAGGUUGCUGUUCUACCUAGUUACCUCCUCCCCAGCUAUAUGGCAAUGACUAAUCAAUUUCAAGACUUAUCUCUUUUGAUCUCUUACCUUCUUGGCUUAACUUCAGCAAAAGUAUAGCAUACCUUUUUUUUUUUCUUUCCAGCUCUUUGUUUCUUUUUUUUUUGGUAAUUCGAUUUAUGUUACAACAGUAUGUUUAGCUGUAUUGAAACUGUGAUCAUUCACACCAUUCCACAAAAAGGAAAGAUUUUUUUUGUUUGUUUCUUUAUUGUUAUAACUAAACAUAUUUAUGCAUCUCCAUUUCAUAGAUGAAGCCCUUUGCUACAGUGUUACAUGGUGUAUAUCAGUGGAAUAGUAGCAGCCAAUGGUGCUCUGAUAAAAUCAGUCUAACCAUCAGAGCUUUUCUAUUUUGUGAAAUAUUAUGAUUAUAUGACACCGAGAGACAUGAUCAUAAGUUGAUAAUAGUGCUCGUUUCACAUAAGAUGCUACAUGUAUAAAGAUCUGAAAAUGUGGGAACAAAAAGAGGAAUAAAAUAAAGACGUGGAGACCAUUAAAUCUUAGAAAGAAAUGGAGGUGGAGGGUGAUGCGCACGAGGGGUGUCCGUGUAAAGCAUUUACUGCACUGAGAAAAAGUCCGCCUGAGAGAGAGACGGUCAAAAAAGUUAGUUGGUGAAAAAGAAGAAGAAGAUAUUUUCGCACGGUGACAGUCUGUUUGUUCUCUUCACUCGUUGCCUCUCCUCUCUCUCACACCUCUCUCUCUGCGAAUAGAUCCAGCAAUGGGUUCCUUCGUCGAAUCCGGUUGGCAGGUACCUCAUAUCUCCAUUCUCCUCCCUGUUUCCGAUUCCCUAGUGUUCAUCGAUUAAUUACAUGUUGUCUCCGUCUCUUCGCUUACUUUCACCUCGCCACAUUGUGAUUACAUGGGCGAUUUAUGUCACAUGUGAUCCGCUGCGCUUCUUGGAUUGAUUCGAUCCAUCGGAUUAAAAUUACCUUGUGACGCAUUUUAGCGACUUUCAACUGGCCUGCAUCGGGAGUUUUCUCCUCCAUGAAAGCGUCUUCUUCUUAUCUGGUCUCCCUUUUAUUUACCUCGAAAGACAUGGCUUUCUCACCAAGUACAAAAUUCAGGCAAAAAACAACACACCUGCUGCUCAAGGAAAAUGUAUCACUCGCCUGUUGCUUUAUCAUUUCUGCGUGAAUUUGCCCCUCAUGAUGGCUUCCUAUCCUGUCUUCAAAGCCAUGGGAAUGCGAAGCAGUUUUCCUCUACCCUCCUGG